AUGUUCGCCCGACCAUUUUUCCGUAUCGCCCGCCUCAACCGAGGUUUCGCUACCCAUGCCGGACCCAACGCCGCCCUCCCUGCUGUUCUCCAUCUUAAGACUGGCCAGUCUUUCACUGGUCGCUCUUUCGGUGCUCCGCGAAGCAUCUUUGGUGAAACCGUGUUCAGCACGUCUAUCACCUCUUACACCGAAUCAAUGACUGAUCCCUCCUACCGCGGUCAAAUCCUUGUCUUCACUACGCCUCUCAUCGGCAACUAUGGUGUUCCCAAGAACACUGCCCCUCUCGACUCCCGUGACGUCGGAGUUCUCCUCGAAUCUUCUGGCAUCCAAUGCGCAGGCGUCGUCGUCGCCGACGUCGCCGAAAAAUUCUCUCACUACACCGCCGUCGAAUCCAUCUCCUCCUGGUGCCGCCGGUACAACGUCCCAGGUAUCACCGGCGUCGAUACUCGUGCUAUCACGACUCUUCUCCGUGACCAGGGCACGACGCUCGGCAGGCUCGCUGUUGGUGCAGACGUGUCUAGUCCUGCCCCGAAGGACGAAGAAUACUGGGAUCCUAGCACGGAGAACCUUGUGGAUCAGAUUUCGACGAAGGAGCCCUACACGCUCAACCCUUCCGGAUCCGUCAAGAUCGCCGUCCUCGAUUUCGGCGCUAAGGCCAACAUUCUCCGUUCUCUCGUUCGUAGGGAUGCGGCCGUUACCGUCCUCCCUUGGAACUUUGACUUCAACGCCGUCCGUGACCAGUACGAUGGACUUUUCCUGUCCAAUGGACCCGGUGACCCGCAGCAGUGCUGGGAUGCGGCUUAUAUCCUGAGGAAGACGAUCGCCGAGUGGAAGAAGCCCAUCUUUGGUAUCUGUAUGGGACAUCAGAUUAUUGGAAUGGCGGCCGGGAUGGACGCGUACAGGAUGACGUUUGGGAAUAGGGGGCACAAUCAGCCCGUGCUUGCGCUCGCGAAUUCGGGGUCGAUUAAGGCUGGACGAGUCUACGUUACGAGCCAAAACCACCAGUACGCACUAAAGUUGCAGGACCCCUUCCCCCAAGGCUGGGAACCCUUCUUCAUCAAUUGCAACGACUCUUCCGUCGAGGGUAUCAAGUCUACACCUGAGUCUGGCAAGCGCGUCUGGGGUGUGCAGUUCCAUCCGGAGUCUGCUGGUGGUCCUCUUGAUACUAUCGAGGUUCGUUUACUUUCUCUUCAUUUGUUCCACUACCCCUGCUUUCCCUGUGGGUCGUGA